AACACUAACAACAGUAUGUCUAGAGUUCAAGUCAAAGUUGCACUGAUUGGUGAUUCACAGAUUGGAAAGACCUCUCUGAUGGUGAAAUAUGUCAACAAUUCGUUCGAUGAAGAUUACAAAAAAACCCUUGGUGUGAAUUUCAUGGAGAAAAGCAUUGAAUUAGGCACAACAGAUAUCAAGUUUUCAGUCUACGAUCUAGGUGGUGCUCAAGAAUUUGUAAACAUGUUACCGUUAACUACAGAUGGUGCUGUUGCAGUCGUAUUUUUAUUUGAUUUAACAAAAUUACAAACGCUUUCAAGUAUUAAAGAAUGGUUUAAGCUUGUUAGAGCUCAAAAUAAAACAGCUAUACCCAUGUUGGUGGGUACCAAAUAUGAUUUGUUCUUAGAAAUGCCAAAAAGCUACCAAGAGGAAGUGACUUCUCAAAGUUUGAAAUAUGCAAAGGCUAUGAAAUCAAGUCUGAUAUUCACUUCAUCAAGUAAUUCAAUUAAUGUUCAAAAAGUUUUCAAGAUUCUAACAUGCAGUGCAUUUGAUCUUCAGAUUAGCAUCCCAGAGAUUUCAAAUGUUGGUGAACCUAUACUGCUUUACAAAGAUCUAUAA